AUGGGCGUUGUGGCCGCCUUCAGGUGCUCGGAAGUGCCCUCGGUGAACUUCAUGCUGAGGGACGAGUUUGAAUCUUCUUUCGACUCCUCAAACUUACAAAUUAAACUCACCACAGAAGACAACAAAGUCUUUGAAAAGUUGAUUGAGAAUUUGCCAAUUGUCACCUCCGUCGGCAAGAUUGGCAAAAACUAUAUUUGGGCCAUGACUAAUGAGGAGGAAUCUUGUUCCGAUGGCACUCUCGCCGUUGCCGUCGCCAUGACCGGUCGGUGCCUCGCCAUCAAGUCCAAGGGUUCAUGUUUUGAGUUAAGUUCAAUCGACUCCAUCAUCAGGAAAUCGUCCGAAAUCGCACUCGAUAACUUUAAUACAAUCAACAAUUAUAUCUUUGGAUCUUAG